CCGUUCAAUGUGGAUUUUAUGAGUUAUUCAAAAAAGACCAUCCCUGCGACAUGUAUCAUUAUAAGAAAUAUGUUAACGAUAGUUUCAUCAAGUGGGAUAAUGUUAACUUUCCAGUAGGUAAUGAUGAAAUAGAACAGUUUGAAGAAGAAUAGUAAAACGGUUUUAUUAUACAAAAGAAGCAACAACCCACAAGCACAACAGUUAAUGAGUAGUCAGACUAACAAGAUGAAGAACUUUUAAAAAGCAGGUGAAACAAUAGCAUUCAAAAACCAUUUCAAGAAACUUAAAGCUCCAUUCGUAAAUCGGCAAAAGCUAAAACUACAUCAUAUCAAAAUCAUCGUCCGUGUGGUUUUAUGAUUAAUGUAGUCAAUGCUAUAACCGGAAGUAGUGAGCCUUACUUAUAUAGAGGUGAAGAUUGUAUGGAUAAGUUUGUUGAAAAAAUCAAUGAAGUCAGAGAAGAUAUUAUUAGUAGGAUGAAGGAAGUAAAAGAGAUAAUCAUGACUGAAAAGGACAAGGAAGAUUUUGAAAAUGCUACUACUUGCUUUAUCUGUGGAAAUGAUUUUAAACCUGAGGACAAGAAGGUUCGAGACCAUUGUCACUUUACUGGAGCUUACAGAGGAUGCGCCCACGAUGAUUGUAAUCUUGGUUUUAGUAUGAGAUAUUAUAAAAUCCCUGUGUUUCUUCAUAACCUUAAAAACUAUGAUGCCCACUUAAUCAUCAACAAAGCUCACGAACUGAACAAAAAUUCUAAAAUCGAAUGUAUCGCUCAGAACAGCGAAAAGUUUAUAACCUUUGGUUUUAAAAAUCUUUGUUUCAAGGACAGUUUCAGUUUCUUAUCGUCUUCGUUGGAUAAGUUGGUGAAGUUGAGUAAAUAUGAGGAUGAUAAAAAGCGUGAGAACUGGAAGAACAAUUUCAGAUACAGCGUUAGAAACCCGUAUGUUAAAACCGAUGAAGAUUUGGAUUUAUUGACUGAUAAGGGUAUUUAUCCCUAUGACUACUUUGAUGAUUUUGAAAGAUUUAAGGAAAGGGCUUUACCACCGAAAGAAGCGUUUUACAGUAAAUUGAGUGAAGAACAUGUAAGCGACAAGGAUUACGAACGAGCCUUGAAGGUCUGGAAGCACUUCGGGAUUAGGACGCUCGGGCAGUAUCACGACUUGUAUUUAAGAACUGAUGUUUUACUACUGACCGAUGUAUUUGAAAACUUUAGAGACUUG